GGUAUUUCCAACACGCUCUCAACCCCUAUACACCUGUCCAUUUACCUCUUUCUGCUCAACACUUCACAAUGGCUGGUCGCGGCAAGGGCAAGACCUCUGGCAAGAAGGCCGUGAGCCGCAGCGCCAAGGCCGGCCUGCAGUUCCCUGUGGGCCGCAUUGCGCGCUACCUGAAGAAGGGCAAGUACGCCGAGCGCAUCGGUGCCGGCGCGCCCGUGUACCUGGCUGCCGUGCUGGAGUACCUGACCGCUGAGGUGCUGGAGCUGGCGGGCAACGCUGCCCGCGACAACAAGAAGAACCGCAUCGUGCCCCGCCACAUCCAGCUGGCCAUCCGCAACGAUGAGGAGCUGGGCAAGCUGCUGGGCGAGGUGACCAUCGCCUCGGGCGGUGUGCUGCCCAACAUCCACGCUGUGCUGCUGCCCAAGAAGACCAAGGGCGGCAAGGGCAGCGAGGAGGCCGCCUAAAGCACUCCUGCUCUAUUGUAUACCUCAAGACUACCAAAAAAAACUCGGUGUUUCUCAACACCACCUUUCACUGCGGCACCGGGGCUUGGGCUGGCUGCUUGGAGCAUGGGGUCAGGGCCCACAGGGCCUUUGAAGUGGGUUCCAUAUGCCUUCCACGUCGUUUGCCUUUCCCACUUUGGUGCAUCAGCAUGGACUUCCGCCUGUGGGAAGAGACCGUUGCAACCACUCUGUUCCCGGUUCCCCCCCUGCGAUUUCGAUUCAAGUUUCGAUUACGUCCUUCACUCUGCCCCACGGCUUGAAGCUCCCUGCCCAUGUUCCCUUGCUUGCCAGACAGCACCAUAUAACGGAGUGGGGCACAGCAGCACAGGCGGGGGCAUAGCGGCAACGUGGGACCGGUACGUGGAGGUGGCGUGACAGCGGCCGACUAGCGGCCGGUCGGCGUGCUAGAUUGACGGGCGACAGAAUCCCUUAAUUC